AUGCCGCCCGCCUCGCGGGCCUGCACAAGGCUGGCUUCUCGGCCAGUCCAGCGCCAGCUGGAGUUCCGCGCGGGCUACGAGCCCAGCAAGUUCAACCUCGCUGUUCGGCAGCAGAACCUCGAAUCUGCGCUCGCGCAGGUUGUCGGCCGCGUCGCCCCCACCAAAUGCGACUCCUGCCAGCGAGCAGCUGGCCCGUAUACUACCUGCGUGGUAGUUACAGGCCAGCUGCUCGACUCGUGCGCCAACUGCCACUAUGGCAGUGAGGGCGCCCGCUGCUCCUUCCGCCACCUUAUUGACCCUGCUACAGCCACGCCCGCCCCCGUCGUCCCCGUCCCCGCCAUCGCCACCCCCUCCAGGUCCCGCCGCCAGGUCGCUGCCGCUGCCGCUGCCGCUGCUGCUGCCCCUGCCCCUGCCGCUGCCCCUGCCACCCCCUCCAAGAAGCGCCGCCGCACCACCGCCACCCCUGCUGCCUCCCCCGCCGCCGCCGCCGCCGCCGCCACCACCGCCACCGCCUCCAAGAAGGAGAAGAAGAAGGAGAAGAGGAAGAGGAAGAAGAAGAAGGUCCGUAAGUGCGUACGGGACGUAAAGAAGUCCGUAGCGGCUCUAGAGCUUGCUAUGGAUUCCUCCUCCUCAGAGGACAGUGAUGAAGAUGAUGAGGAUUAA